AGGCUGGAGCUCUGAGGAAAGACUAGUCAAUGUAAGUUUGAGAGCCGGGCAGGAAGCGCAUGGCUGGACAUUCACUCCGCUAUGGAUUGAGCAUUGAACUGAUAUUGUUUUCGGUCAGACGGAGCGCGAGCUGAUGCGCUGAUCCGCAGCGGUUUGUUGUCCGCGGUGCAAACCCCGAUCCUGUUUUCUGACUCGGGCCAGGAGAAAACAUCAGUACCAGCACCAGGUGCGUGUGUCAGCAGGGGUAAGGAGUGUGUAGAAGUGUGUGGACUGUGUAGGAGAAGGCUGGGGAGGAUGAGGAUGGUGCGCGCGGGCUUCAUCCCGCUCCUGUGGAUCUUCAGAAUCAGCAUCAUCUCGCACGCGGCUCCUUCAUCCGCCUACAAGUGUGAUGAAGCACUAGCCACACCCCUUUCCCACAGUGCCUUCAGUGGUUCAUCUGUCUUCACCACUGGAUAUGCUGCUGGAUAUGCCAAACUGAACAGAAGAGGAGGUGCUGGAGGCUGGUCGCCUCUCGACACUGAUCAUUAUCCAUGGCUGCAGGUGGACCUCGGCAGCAGGAAGCUGGUGACGGCCAUCGCCACUCAGGGCCGAUACAGCAGCUCAGACUGGACGACACACUACCGGCUACUUUACAGUGACAUGGGCAGGAACUGGAAACCCUACCAUCAGGACGGAAACAUCUGGGUGUUUACAGGAAACUCCAACACAGAGAGUGUAGUGCGUCAUGAUCUUCAGCACAGCAUCGUGGCCCGAUAUCUACGCUUCAUCCCUCUGAGCUGGAGUGAAGAGGGUCAGAUAGGUCUGCGGAUAGAAGUCUAUGGCUGCUCAUAUUGGGCAGAUGUGAUUCACUUUGAUGGCCAAGGCGUAAUCUCCUACCGAUUCAAGAUGAAGAAGAUGAAGAUUCUGAAGGAUGUAAUAGCAUUGAAAUUUAAGACGGGAGAAAGCGAUGGGGUGAUUUUGCAUGGCGAGGGUCAACAAGGAGAUUACAUCACACUGGAGCUGAGGAAAGGAAGACUGCUGCUCCAGAUAAACCUUGGCAGCAACCAGUACGGUUCCAUCCUGGGUCACACUUCGGUGAGCAGCGGCAGCUUGCUGGAUGAUCAUCACUGGCACUCGGUCAUGAUUGAGCGCUACCGGAGAAAUGUCAACUUUACCCUGGAUCAGCACACUCGGCACUUUCGUACCAAUGGCGAGUUCGACCACCUCGACCUUGACUAUGAGUUGAGUUUUGGAGGAAUGCCCUAUUCAGGCAAGCCUAUCUCAGGAGGCCGGAGAAAUUUCAUAGGCUGCAUGGAGAGCAUCAACUACAAUGGAGAAAAUAUCACUGACCUGGCCAGAAGAAAGAAACUGGAUACCUCUAGCUUUCGCAACCUGACAUUUUCCUGCGUGGACUCUCACACCUUCCCAGUUUUCUUCAAUGCCACAAGUUUCCUGCAGUUACCAGGCAGAAGGGAGCACAGCAUGGUGUCUGUAAGCUUCCAGUUUCGCACUUGGAAUGCUAACGGACUGCUCCUGUUCAGCGAACUGGCUGAUGGCAUGUUGGAGCUUGUGCUUAAAGAUGGCAAAGUCAUGGUGCACAUCAGUGUUUUGCAGCUGAAAAGCUCACGUGUUGACAUGGCAUCAGGUUCAGGGCUGAACGAUGGAGAAUGGCAUGAUGUUCGCUUUUUGGCCAAAGAGAACUUUGCCAUGCUGACCAUAGAUGGAGAUGAAUCCUCAGCUGUGAGGAACAAUGCAGUCAUUCACAUUACCGCUGGAGGAAUGUAUCAUUUUGGAGGUUAUUUCCUGAGGACACUGGUGUCUCCCUCGCAGCGCUCGUUUCAGGGCUGCAUGCAGCUCAUCCAGGUGGAUGAUCAGCUGGUCGACAUAUCAGCAGUGGAGCGGGGCAUGAUAGGAGCUUUUGAGAAUGUCAGUCUGGAUAUGUGUGCCAUUAUAGACAGAUGUUUGCCCAAUCACUGUGAGCAUGGAGGAAGGUGCUCUCAGACCUGGGAUACCUUCAGCUGCUCCUGUGAUGGCAUCGGGUAUGCUGGAGCUACCUGUCACUCCUCAAUCUAUGAGCAGUCAUGUGAGGCUUAUAAGCACCUGGGGAAAACUUCGGAUGUCUACUGGAUCGAUCCGGAUGGCAGUGGCCCUCUUGAGCCAUUCAGAGUCAUCUGCAACAUGACAGAGGACAAGGUGUGGACGAUGGUGGUGAACAGCCUGCCAGCUCAGACGACUGUAUCAGGUUCAAGCAGGGAGAGACGCACAGUGCUGCAUCUAAACUACAGUGCCACUAUAGAGCAGAUCAGCGCCAUUACAGAUGCUGCAGAGCACUGCGAGCAACACAUUGCCUACACCUGCCGCUCAUCACGUCUACUCAACACACCCGAUGGCAGUCCGUACACAUGGUGGGUUGGCAGAGGUAAUGAAAAGCACUUCUACUGGGGUGGUUCUGCACCGGGAAUCAAGAAGUGUGCCUGUGGAAUUGAACGCAAUUGCACAGACCCCAAAUACCACUGCAACUGUGAUGCUAAUCACAAACAGUGGCGAGAGGACUCAGGGCUUCUGGUCUAUAAGGACCACUUACCUGUGAGUCAGGUGGCUGUAGGGGACACAAAUCGAGCCGGAUCAGAGGCCAAGCUCACUGUGGGAGCUCUGCAGUGUCAUGGAGACCGUAAUUACUGGAAUGCAGCGUCCUUCACCACACCAUCCUCCUACCUGCAUUUCUCCACUUUCCAAGGGGAAACGAGUGCUGAUAUUUCCUUCUACUUUAAGACCUCUGCACCUCAUGGAGUUUUCCUGGAGAACUUGGGCAACACAGAUUUUAUCCGCCUGGAGCUAAAAUCACCAACUGUGGUUUCCUUUUCCUUUGAUGUCGGGAAUGGGCCUGUAGAGCUGAAGGUCCGUUCACCAACACCGCUAAACGAUGACCAAUGGCAUCGCAUCAGCGCAGAGAGGAAUGUUAAAGAGGCUGUGCUGCAACUGGAUCAGCAAUACAGGGAAGUUCGAGCUGCACCUGCUCAAGGACACACACGCCUGGAGCUCUACAGCCAGCUGUAUGUGGGUGCAGCAGGAGGGCAGAGAGGCUUCCUCGGAUGUAUCCGCUCCCUAAAGAUGAACGGUGUCACCCUUGACCUGGAGGACAGAGCAAAGGUCACGCCCGGAGUCAAACCUGGAUGUUCAGGUCACUGCACUAGUUUUGGGAUGUACUGCCGCAGUGGAGGAAAGUGUGUGGAGAAAUACAACGGCUACUCAUGUGACUGCAGUGGUACAGCUUACGAAGGACCCUUCUGUACUAAAGAUGUAGGAGCUUUCUUUGAGGCAGGAACUCUGGUCCGCUAUAACCUUGUGCCCGAGUUGAUGGCCGCUACAUCGAGCAUGGACGGGAAGGAUUUGAGUCGAUCACAGCUGACAGAGAAGAACCUGACCCAAGAGGUUGUGACCUUCAGUUUCAGCACAUCCAGCACUCCCAGCGUCCUCCUGUACAUCAGCUCAUGGAGCCGUGACUACAUGGCAGUGGUACUGAGGCACAAUGGUACACUGCAGCUGCGUUAUAACCUCGGAGGUCUGCAGGAGCCCUUCACCAUUGAUCUUGACCAACGCAAUUUAGCCAACGGACAGCCACAUAAUGUCAACCUAACUCGGACAGAGAGAGAAAUACACGUCCAGUUGGAUCACUAUCCUCCAGUCAGCUACACCCUGCCUGAAGCAUCUGACACUCAGUUCACCCUGGUAAAAACCCUCUUCCUAGGAAAGGUCUAUGAAACUGGUCCCAUUGACCCAGUGCUGAUAGAGAAGUAUAACACCCCUGGCUUUGUAGGCUGCCUAUCCCGAGUGCAGUUUAACAGCAUCGCUCCUCUGAAAGCAGCUCUUCGCCCCCAGCUCUCUCUGCCAGUGUCACACCAAGGCAAACUGGUUGAAUCCAACUGUGGCUCAUCACCUCUCACCAUUUCCCCAAUGUCAGCUGCCACCGACCCCUGGCACCUGGAUGGAGGUGCUGACUUCCCGUUCAAUGAAGAGAUAGUCAUACCAGACGAGGUGAACAGGAAUUCAGCAGUAAUCGGAGGCAUCAUUGCUGUGGUCAUCUUCACCAUCCUGUGCAUUCUGUUGUUCCUGAUACGCUACAUGUUCCGGCACAAGGGGACGUAUCACACCAACGAGUCCAAAGAGGCCAAACGCUCCGAAUCAGCUGACACGGCCAUCAUCGCCUCCGAGCCCAAUUUUACAGAAACCAUUGAUGAAAACAAAAAGGAGUGGUUUAUCUAAGACAUAUUUGCUGGGGAGCGUACACACACUCUCACUAAACAUCAAGAAAGUGGGAGCGAUCUCAGAACCGAGCUGAGAACCUGAACUGUACGCACAGGAUGGCUCGUCUCUGUUGUGGUUGGACGAUUGAGAAGUCUUUUAUAAAUUAAUUGUAAAUUGUGUGAACAAAACAAGACACUGAUUUGCCGUUUUGAUUUUGUCAAAAGUUUGGUUGUUAUUCAUAUAAAUCAUUUUUAUUUACUUCCAUCUUUAAA